AAUUAUAUAAUUAAAUUAAUUAUUAAAAAAUUAUAAUUUGAUAAUCUAAAUAAAAUGCAUCCAUAAUUUAUUAUUAACAAUCCUUAAGCUAACUUGAACCCUUCAUAUCAAUUAGUUUCAUAAUACCCAGUCGAAUAGGCACUUCUAUCCUAAUACUUAAGCCAAGGUUGCGGAUUAACUCCUUUAAUAAUCCCUGCUUCUUGCCUUUAAACAAAUUUUCUUGUUCCCAGUAUUGCCUAACCUGCCUAAUAAAUUACUCUUUAAUAAUUGUAAUAACUUUAAAACCAACAAUAAUAACCUUAGUUAUGGGUCUAAAAUGGUUAAAUUAUGAGCCAAGCCCCUCAAAUGGGUUAAUUACAAAUAUUAAUUCCUUAAAACUAAAAGUAAUAAGUCUAUGAAAAUAAUGAAUUUGAUUUUUUCCCUAUGCAAUAACAGCAAGUAAAUUUGAAUCGUGACAGCUUUUCCACAGUAUUUUUAAAUAAUGGCUUAAAUAAUUAAUAAAAUGAUCUCUUAAAAAUGUAAAAUUAACAAUUAAUAAAUUAAUAACAAGCUCACUUCUAGAACACCCUCUAAGUUCUUGAAAGUCCUCAACAGUAAUAAAGAGAGUAGAUGAAUUGCGGCAUACAAUACUAAUAACCUUUAGAAUUUUAGCACAUUUAAGGUAAUCACUUGAAUUCCAACAAUACUGUAUAGAAUUAGUAAAUUUACUCCAGCUGCGCUAAAUUUUCUAUUAAUGAAUUGUAAAAAGUAGAGCACUCGAAUUAAUAAAAAGAGUAACUAUCCAAUAUUAAUAGCAAUAAUUAUAGCACUCCCUCACUGACUACAUCUUUAAAACUUAUUAACAAUCCUACUUCUUCUUCUGUAUCUACAUCUCGCUCCACAACUUUCUCAGCAAAUGAAAGCGCUCAAAUUAUCCCUAAGAUCAAACAAGAGGCUAUCCACGAUUUCUAAUAAGAAGACGAAUAGAUGGAAAGCUAAAGCUAAAUUGAGCACUAGCUCCUCAGCAGUGAUUGUGAUGAAUCCAACAUAGAGCAACCUUUAAGCUCUUACUAACUCAGUAAAGACCUUGAAGAAGCCCUUAAAACAAUGCAGACUUCAACUUUCUGCCAAAAUGGAGAACUAAUUUUUUCUCCCUAAUACGGAAAAUAAUUCAAGCUCAAGCAAUCUCUUUGCAAAAAUGACGAUAUAGUUUUCUCUAAAAUCAAAGAAUACAGAAAGAAUAGACGUCACCUUAAUAACGGAAAGGAAGAUGAUAACCAAGGAAAUCCUUAAAAAGUCAAUUCUAAGUUCCACAACUUAAACAAGCUCUUUAUGUAUAAAUUGUUAGCUACUUUCUAGCAAAAAAAUUUAAUCGAAUUAGAUGUCCCUCAAUACCUUCACGGCAUUCUCUUAAAAUUAAUAAUGCGUCUCAAGCAAUCCACUAAAGAAAUGAAAAACUACAAUAAGAAAACAGAAUUCUUCUCUCAUGAUCACUAUAAUUUGCUCUUCCUUCACUUGAAUGAGCGUACCUUAAAAUACUUAAUCCACAGUCCCUUCUCUAUUUAUCUUCAUAAAUUGUGCUUCAAUUUAGACCUUAAUUAAUUUGAUUAGAAUGAUUGCUCCUCUUUCAUAUAAAUAAAUUGCGAAAAAAUACAAUACAUUAAUAUCAUAAAGAGAUUCUGUUGCCAGAUAGUAUAGAAUUCAAACAUGCUUGGUGUAUACCAAGACCAGGAAGACUCUAAUAAAAACCAAGACUCUGAGUCUGAACCUAUGGCUAGUGAAAGCAACGAAAACAGUUUAGAAGGAAAAAAGAAAAGUUGUAAAAGCUCUUCUUCCAAGUCAUUGGAAUUAUAAAACUAAUCCCAAAGAUAAAAUAUGAGAUAAGCAUAUACUCAAAGGGCAUUAAAAGGCAUCUAAUCACUAAACUAAGGAGUUAUUAUUAGGAGAUUCUGA